GGCUGCCAGUGCAGGGUUGCUCUGCAUUCCCCAAAGUGGUGUUUUUGUUCAAAACGGCUCUAAAUCUGGGUUCAAUCAAUGUAUUUAAUCCUGGCUUCCAGGGAUGAGGUGGCUUUUGCCCUGGAUUCUAGCAACAAGCAGCAUUUUGCAGGCCAUUGCCCAGACCUCCACCACUAUGACCACCACCAUCCCUGCCACGACAGAAGCCUACACACGGACUCAGUACUGUAAGUGGCCGUGCCAGUGUCCGAAGUCCCCACCUCUGUGCUCAGUAGGUGUCAGCCUGGUCACAGAUGGCUGCGACUGCUGCAAGACCUGUGCCAAGCAGCGUGGAGAAAGUUGCACUGAGGCGGACACCUGUGACUUCCACAGGGGCUUGUACUGUGACUACAGCGGAGACAGACCUAGGUACGAAAUAGGAGUAUGUGCACAGGUUGUUGGUGUAGGAUGUGUCCUCAAUGGAGUCAGGUAUAACAACGGGGACACAUUUCAGCCCAACUGCAAAUACAACUGCACAUGCAUUAAUGGGGCUGUGGGCUGUAUUCCCAUGUGCACAAACUCACGUCCUCCCCUUGUCUGGUGCCCAAACCCAAAGCUGAUUAAGAUGGCAGGGAAGUGCUGUGAGCAAUGGGUUUGUGAUGACUCCAAGAAAAUCAGGAAGACAUCUCCACGCCACAUCUCCUCUGCAGCAUACGAGGGAGAGGCUGAAGCCUGGCAGAAGAACUGCAUUGUUCACACCUCAUCCUGGAGUCCCUGCUCAAAGACCUGUGGGCUAGGGAUCUCCACCAGGAUUUCCAAUGACAACGACCAGUGCCGGCUCCUGAAAGAAAGCCGCCUGUGCAACAUGCGCCCCUGUGAGGUGGACAUAACCAAGCACAUCAAGCCUGGGAAGAAGUGCUUGGCUGUCUACAGGGCCAAUGAACCAAUGAACUACACCAUCUCAGGAUGUGUGAGCAAAAGUCCUUAUAGACCUAAAUAUUGUGGUGUCUGCACAGACAACAGGUGCUGUACACCAUACAAGUCCAAGACUAUUGAAGUGAGAUUUCAGUGCCCAGAUGGAGCUGAGUUUUCCUGGAAAAUCAUGUGGAUCAAUGCUUGUUUUUGCAACCUGAACUGCAAGAACCCCAACGACAUCUUUGCUGACUUGGCUCAUUACCAUGACUACUCUGAAAUCGCUAAUUAAAUUGGCUGAAAGCUGGAACUGCUCUGAUUUUACAGAGGUUUUAAAAUAAAAGGAGAAUCUUUAUCUAUUGCAAA